AUGGCACGCAAAGAAGGAUAUGACAUUCGCAUUAAUCCGAAGCAAAUGGAGUUCUACCUUGAUGGUAAACUCCAAAUGACAGCUCGUAUCGAUGACGAUUGCGUUGCUUACCUUAAUGGACGCGUUCUCACAUCCGAACAAGCGCAUGCUGCCAGUACACUCAAACUUGACCGAGAGCUAUGGCAUCGACGCCUAGGCCACUAUCAUCACGAUGGAGUUGACGCUCUUAUCCGUCAUAAUCUGGUUAAUGGAAUCAAGCUGGACUCCAAUGCAAAGCCCGACCCUAUAUGUGCUCCAUGUAUCGCAGGGAAACAGACUCGAGCCCCUCACACCACGCCCGCAACUCGAGCUACAACUCCAUUAGAUCGUGUCUUUAUUGAUCUUAAAGGCCCAAUCAAUGUCGAGUCCAUGCCGCACCGUGCCAAGUACUGGAUGGCCAUGGUAGACGAUGCAUCUAAUUUCGUCACGCUGUCACUUCUUCACUCAAAAGAUGGGGCGUUCAGAGCAUUCUGCGAGUUCCAUAAGCUCGCUGAGAAUCAGACCGGCCAGCACUUGGAAUCGAUUCCAAACCUCUCCGACUACGUCCAGCUACCAGAUCUCGAAGAAGCCACUGUAUCUCCAUCAUCCAUUCCACCUCCAAACCCCCACCCUGCUGUUCACGUUGCAGGACGACCUGUACCUACACCUACCACCUGA